AUCUUUUUCACGACCAACCUCAUCUGCAAGUUUGAAUGCAGAUUUUUAGUGGAGAACAAACAAACGAAUGCAAAUCUCCAGCCCCUUAUAAGCCGGCACGACCCAUAACAAAAAAGAAAAAAGAAAAGGAAAACAAGGGGGCUCCCAAAGUAGCUGCAGAGCAAGUCAAGAUGAAGAGAAACAUGGCCUUGAUCAGUUGUGUGAUUUUUUCGGUCAUGUUGACGUCCACCGUUGUUCGUGUAAGCGCUGGAAGACCCUUGACGUAUCCUCUGCCGAGUAGCGUCCCUGAAGGCGAGAAACAACCCCUCCAGACAUUCCGCGCAUACAAUGUCGCGCACCGAGGGUCGAACGGGGAGUUUCCAGAAGAAACGGCUCCUGCUUACAUGAGAGCUAUUGAAGAGGGAGCAGACUUCAUAGAAUCAGAUAUCCAGGCCACCAAAGAUGGAAUCUUGGUCUGCAAUCAUGACGUGACGCUGGACGAUACAACCGAUGUCGCGGAACGUAAAGAGUUUGCCGACCGAAGAACCACAUACGAAGUUCAAUGGGUCAACACCACCGGAUGGUUUGUUGUUGAUUUCACUUUGGAAGAAUUGAAAACAUUGCGAGCCAAGCAACGAUAUGAUUUCCGGGAUCAGCAAUACAAUGGAAAGUUUCCGCCGAUUACCUUUGAAGAGUUCAUCUCAGUUGCGCUCGAUGCGAAAAGAACAGUCGGGAUAUAUCCAGAGAUAAAAAAUCCGGUUUUUGUUAACAAACAUGUCAAAUGGUCCGAUGGAAAGAAGCUCGAAGAUAGAUUUGUGGAGACCCUCCAGAAGUACGGAUACAUGGGUUCGUACCUGUCGGAAGACUGGCUGAAGCGACCGGCCUUCAUCCAGAGUUUUGCGCCUAGUUCACUUGUAUAUAUCUCCAAUCUCACAGACUUGCCGAAAGUUUUCUUGAUUGAUGACGUGACAAUACGAACAGAGGACACUAAUCAGACAUACAACGAAAUCACCUCGGACAGUUAUUUUAACUAUAUCAAAGAUUAUGUGAUGGGAAUCGGACCAUGGAAGGAUACCGUUGUUCCUCCGGCGGAUAAUUACUUGCAGAGAGCGACUGAUCUUAUUGCGAAAGCACAUGCUCUUGGCCUGCAGGUGCACCCUUACACGUUCCGCAACGAGAAUUCGUUCUUGCACUUUGACUUCCAUCAAGAUCCUUACAUCGAAUAUGAUUACUGGAUAAACAAGAUGGGAGUGGAUGGACUCUUCACAGAUUUCACAGGGAGCCUCCACAGGUAUCAAGAAUGGACCUCCCCUUCAGAGAAACAGAUAUUGCAAAAGAUUGCUUCAAUGGUUUCGUCCUUCAAAAGGGGAUAGAUUAUAGGUUUUCCAUUUUGUUUGCCUAAAAGCAGCACGAAACGAGCUCUAGCAAGUUUUAUUAGGGUUGGUUAGAUGGUUUUGUCCUUCAAAAUUGGAUGUACUCUUGAGUUUUCCUCGUACUUUCUCUCUUAAUUAGAAUAAUUUUGGGCGUUAAUCCUGUUGCACCUGAGUAAUACGGGCCAGUCCAUGUAAUGAUUGGGGUAAGCGAAAUCAUCUGAGAGCAGGCCGGUAAAAACUGGUGGAAGAACUACUGUGAUUGACAAUUUAUAAAAACUUUAGAAUGUGAAAA